CAUUUUGCAAGGUGUCAAAAUAGAAUAAUGUCAAACAUAUCUUGAGUCUAGUUGAAUACAACGCUUUUUAUAUAAACAUUUGACAACCUCAUCUACAACUGUGAUUUCUUGUAAACCGGAAUAGACCAGUAUAUCAUAGAAACAUCAUCAUCAUGUCCACAAUGAAAGCGAUCGUCAUCCACAAAGCAGGCCCUCCAAAUGUCCUCAAACUCGCCCAACAACCCAUUCCACACCCUGGACCAGGCGAGGUCCUAAUCCGCGUUAAAGCCUUUGGACUCAACCGUUCAGAGAUGUUCACUCGCCAGGGCCAUUCGCCCGUCCAGUUCCCCCGGAUCCUAGGCAUCGAAGCUGUAGGGAUCGUCGAUAAGGCACCGGGUCUGGAACAUGAAUUUCCCCGCGGGAGUACCGUUGCCACUGCCAUGGGUGGCAUGGGACGGGCUUUUGAUGGUGGGUAUGCUGAGUAUACCUGCGUGCCAGCGAAACAGGUGCAGGUUGUCAAGACCAGUCUAUCGUGGGAGGUCCUGGGUGCGCUACCUGAGAUGCUACAGACGGCGUGGGGGUCGGUAGUGAAAUCACUGUCUCUUAAACCUGGAGAGAGGUUAUUGAUUCGGGGAGGGACAACCUCUGUUGGACUCGCGGCGGCGGGUAUUGCCAAAAUCCACGGCGCCUUUGUUGCAUCAACAACACGAAGGAAGGAACGUGAGGGAAUGUUGCGAGAAAACGGGGCAGACGAGGUCUUCAUCGACGAUGGGGACAUUGCGAAGCAGAUUCGCGACUCCUCAGGGAAUUACUUCGACAAGGUUCUCGAGCUUGUGGGCACCGUGACACUGGCUGAUUCAUUACAGUGCGUGAAGAAAGGGGGUACUCUGUCCAUGGCGGGUAUCGUGGGCAAUGAGUGGCAUUUGAAGAAUGUCAAUCCGAUGGAGCUGAUCCCAUCCGAGACAAAGUUGACGGUGUAUUCUGGUGGCAGUGAGGAAUUUGCGAAUAUGCCCUUGGAUGCGUUGGUGAAUCUCGUGGAAACAGGCACGUUAAAUAUCAAAAUUGGGCGUGUCUUCAAGAUGGAGGAGAUUGUGGAAGCCCAUCAAUGCAUGGAGGAGGAUAAAGCGGAGGGAAAGAUUGUGGUGAUACCCUAGCCUAAUGCCAACUAAUGUCUAUUCGAUACAGCGAGUUUCUGAUUAUUUUCUAUUCAAUUUACUAAGGGGUUGCCUUGCAUGACAGAAUUUUUUUGUAUUGUUUUAGAAUUUCUUUCAAAAUAGCCAUGUAACAUCCG